GAGUGAGAAGCGGUGAGAGAGUGUGAGAAGGGAGGGACAAGAGCUGUGACGCAUGUUGCCCCGUGACAGAGCUAACGAGCUCACUCACUGCCUGUCUGCUUGCGUGCAGGUCCCGAUAACAAUAUUGGCCAUGUUGUUCGAAAUGUCAGCUUAACUUCCUAUCGUCCCGUAAUUCCCAAAUAAACUCCACAAAGUAAAAUAAAUCCAGAAAAAAAAAUACCGUGCACUGUUUUUCUGUUGCGUCGUAUCCUAUCAAAGUGGUGCCCAUCAGAUCAGGCCAUAAACAGUUACUUGUUUUUCCGUGGAUAUAAAAUUUUGUUGACUAUGCCUGUGAAAUCAAUAUACUAUAACAAUUCUUGUGAUUAGCUUACGAAGUCUGCAUGUUGCAUAUUGUACGUACGGGUUAAAAUGUUUCCUAUUUUGUCAUAUGAAUCUUAGGAAAACAUUUGCAAAACUGUUUUCAUUAUCACACCAGUAAAUAGUUGUGUUUAUUUUACGUCAAUUUGGCGUUGCAUGAAAAUACAGAAACCAAUAUUUUAAGCUGCUUAAAAAAAGUAUUUGAAAGAGUAUUUGUCGUGCAAAUUCUUUUUCCAAUUUUUUAUACACGAAAUUUAUCAUUUUAUAUUACACUAUGUAACAUAAUUGUCUCUGAUUCUCUGAUCGUAGAUGUUCCUAAAGUAUUUUUGCACUGAUUCCAGAUCAGUAAUCCGUUUUAUCCUAUCACGUGCAAUUUUUUUGAAAAUUUAAGAAACUCAUUUUUUAUUUAAACGUAAAUUUUACAAGUGAAACUAUUAAAAAAUAAUAUGUUUUAAGAGAUAAAAUUAGUGAAAACCAACAUAAUUUUAAGUUUUCAGCCAUUUUCUCUCUUGCAAAGUAAUAUUUUUUAAUGGUUUACGUUUUAAAUAUUCAUUUAACUUAUUAUCUAAGUUAUGUGACACAAUCGUAAUAAUAACCAAAGUAUUAAAGAAGUUAUGCGCAAUUUAGCAACCGAAAGCAAUUUUUCAGGCCAGAGGUGUCUUACUGCCCCUUAAAAAAAACUCAAUAGUGAAUUGUUUAAAAACCUUACGUAAUACAGUAGAAGUGAAAUCAUAUUUGACAUCAGCAUAAAAAAUACUUUUAAAAUCAACUUACAGUCUCAAAACAUCGUUCCGAAAAUUUUAAAAUGUCACAUAGUGUUAUGAAAGGUUUUUUUGAAUGCUGUACGAGUUGGCUGAUCGCAGUUUAUUCGCAGUUGCGAAUUUAUUCAUGUUAAAUACUAUGUGCAAUUUAAUUUCUAAGUUUAUGUUGUGGAUUUUGAGAUGUUUUUGUGGAAAACUCUAAACCAAGUGGAAAUAUUAGAUAAUUUGUAGUGAGAAGGAAAAAAAUAUAUAUGGGGGCUAUCGAUUAGUUGUCAAUUCCCUUUGUGCAUGGCUAACACUUAGUACAAGCAAUCAAUUUAUACACGUGGACUCAACCUUGAUAAAGGACCAAAAAAAUUCGCGGAUCCAUUUCGUGAUAGGAUAAAAUUCUAAUAUUUAUACCUCCAAGCUGCUUACGAUAUUGGAACACUAUUGGCCCAUAAGAAACCCUCAACUAAAGAUGUAUCGAAUCACAGACCACCAAGUUGAGACGUCUCAUCAGUCGGCAGCCAAUGAAUUUGCAAAUUACUUUGGGGUCUAUCCUAAAAUGUAAAACGUAAAAUUUUCCUGUCCCUAAGGAUAAUGCUUGUUCGAAAAAUCUUGAAAACUCACUUCACCCACAUUUAGCUGGUGAGAUAUAAUAAGUUUGCAAUGCAACAUAAUCAUAAUUUUGUAAACAGCACAUACGUAUAGUUACACCUUAUACAAAGAGGGAACCGCGUAAUUAUUGUCUACAUACCUACGUAUAUUGUGCUUAGAUUAAUAUAAUAAUCUACCUGUGCCUGAAAAUUGGUUCGCGCGGACAAAAUACGUCAUAAAGAUAACUUAGAUAGAAAAUAUGGGCAUUUGGUGUUUAUGAAUAUAAGCACUAAGUCAAAUGUUACAAUUAAACGUUUCUGUAAAAUACAGUUUUGGUUUGACAUAAAGCUUAAAAAAUAACUCCACGUCAAAAUUAUUUUUUAAAAUAAAUUUUUGUGGUAUAUGAAAUUCUUCAGAAACAUUUGACAAAUCAUAGUAAAAUAAGAACUCAAGACAAUCCUGGGUUUUAAGCUAAUAUCUACACAUACGAUCGACAAGAAAAUUGUUUUACGUAAGAUUUGUUCUGAAAGAUAUUCCAGGAAAGAUAUUCGAUGGGUAAUAGUUUGUAAUAAGUAUUUCUUUUAUUUAUUGUGUGUUGCUGCUUAGCGACAGUCAUUUUUUAAAACUUCGGCAGGAGAACAUUAUUUGGACACUUAUUGCGUUACGACAGCCGAUUAUUACCUUUUGGGUGCGGAAAGCGAAAGAUUGGAAAACACUGUGCCGCCGCUUCGUGGUCGUUAAAGCCAACGGGGGACUUGGAAGUUCUCAAUUGCGGACGUGUUGUUUCAGCUGCGGGUAGUUUCGGGAGGGAGACAGAGAGAAACAUAAGCUAGCGAGACUCGGCCAGCGAUGGAAGAAGAGGAGGAGGAAGUGACGCAGGAGAAUGCGUCGGUCCAGCAGCAGUCGUCGUCGUCGUCGUUCGUGAGUCGUCAGACGCACAGCACGGUGACGACGCGCUACGGCCUGUCGGCGUCGUCCUUCUCGUCGCGCUUCCUGGAGAACGCGAAGCUGCUCCAGGAGCAGCAGCAGGAGGAGGCGGAGCAGCAGCAGCAGCAGCGGUGCGGCUCCUCGGAGGAGCAGUCGACGACGAAGCGGCCCAAGACGGGCGACACGCUGGCCGUGUCUCCCGGGCGCUCGCCCGACGCCGCCUCUUCGCGCGUCAGCAGCUCCUCGUCGGCGGAGACGGGCCGCCAGCAGUGGCUGACGGCUUCGACCGCCGGCGGCUACCGCGAGAACGCCAAGUCCAUGGAGAGCCUGCGGCCUCAGUCUCACCACCAGCACCAGCACCAACACCAGCACCACCACCACCGCCAGAGCUUCAUCACGUCGUCGGAGCGCGACAUGCGGCGCGUGGUCGCAACCUCUGUGGAGGCGCGCUCCUUGGAGUCGCUGGAGCGCGAGAUCCGCCUGAUGGGCAAGCGGCGCGCCGUGUCCGGCGAGGACCUGGGCGGCGGCGGCGGCGGAGGGGACGACCCGGGGGCCGCAGCGAGCGCCGCCGAGCGCCGGAGGGGGCUGUACGCGGCGGGCGACCGCAAGAUGGCGGCGCCGCAGCACCUGUCGCUGCCGCCGCCGUGCGGGGACCGCCGCCUCACCAUCCUGUCGCCGCACAGCCCGGGCGAGGCGCUGCUGUUCGCCAGCUCGUUCGCCACGCUGCGCACCCGCCGCAAGAAGGCCAUCGUGCUGCCCAAGCUGAUCCUGCCGCGCAGCGAGUCGGACGUCUUCCUGGACUUCGAGGUGGAGAAUGGCGCCAGCCCGGGGCGCAGUCCGCUGGACGGCGGGGCCUCGCCCUCGGCGGGCCUCGUGCUGCAGAACCUGCCGCAGCGGCGCGAGUCCUUCCUCUACCGCUCCGACUCCGACUUCGAGAUGUCGCCCAAGUCCAUGUCGCGCAACUCGUCCAUCGCCAGCGAGAGAUUCAAGGAGACUGAAACAGUCUUCGAUCGCUCCCAUGGCGAGGACCUCAUCGUCACGCCGUUCGCGCAGAUCCUGGCCAGCCUGCGCAGCGUCCGCAACAACUUCCUCAACCUCACGAACGUGCCCACCGGCAAGUCUCGGAGGUCGUCCGGGGCGGCGGGGGGUGCCACGCCGCAACCCCGCAACCUGACGCCUGGAGACGAGUCCUACAUGAAGCUGGCGCUGGAGACCAUGGAGGAGCUGGACUGGUGCCUGGACCAGCUGGAGACCAUACAGACGCACCGCUCCGUCUCGGACAUGGCCUCCCUCAAGUUCAAGAGGAUGCUGAAUAAGGAGCUCAGCCACUUCUCAGAGUCCAGCAAAUCUGGCAACCAGAUCUCGGAAUACAUUUGCUCCACUUUUCUUGACAAGCAGCAGGAGCUGGACCUGCCCUCGCUGCGCGUGGAGGACACGGAGCCGCGCCAGGCCAAGAAGAAGGAGCGGCCGCGCCAUGCCACGGGCACCAUGUCGCACAUCUCGGGCGUCAAGAAGCCGCUGUGCCACACCAACAGCUUCACCGGCGAGAAGGUGCCCAAGCACGGCGUCGAGACGCCGCACGAGGAGGAGCUGGGCAAGAUGCUGGGCGAGAUCGACAGGUGGGGCAUCGACAUCUUCAGGAUAGGAGAGCUGUCCAACCACCGGCCGCUCACAGCCGUGGCCUACUCUGCCUUCCAGAGCCGGGAGCUGCUGAAGACGUUCAUGAUCCCGCCCAAGACGUUCGUGACGUUCAUGAUGACGCUGGAGGAUCACUACGUGAAGGACAACCCGUUCCACAACAGCCUGCACGCGGCCGACGUGACGCAGUCCACGAACGUGCUGCUCAACACGCCGGCGCUCGAGUCGGUGUUCACGCCCCUCGAGGUGAUGGCGGCGCUGUUCGCCGCCACCAUCCACGACGUUGACCAUCCGGGGCUCACCAACCAGUUCCUCAUCAACUCCAGCUCGGAGCUGGCGCUGAUGUACAACGACGAGAGCGUGCUGGAGAAUCACCACCUGGCGGUGGCCUUCAAGCUGCUGCAGAACGACGGCUGCGACAUCCUGGCGAACCUGGGCAAGAAGCAGCGCCAGACGCUGCGCAAGAUGGUCAUCGACAUGGUGCUGUCGACGGACAUGUCCAAGCACAUGAGCCUGCUGGCCGACCUCAAGACCAUGGUGGAGACCAAGAAGGUGGCGGGCUCCGGGGUGCUGCUGCUCGACAACUACACGGACCGCAUCCAGGUGCUGGAGAACUUGGUGCACUGCGCCGACCUGAGCAACCCCACGAAGCCGCUGAGCCUGUACAGGCGCUGGGUCGACCUCCUCAUGGAGGAGUUCUUCCUGCAGGGCGACAAGGAGCGGGAGCAGAACAUGGACAUCAGCCCGAUGUGCGACAGGCACAGCGCCACGAUAGAGAAGUCGCAGGUGGGCUUCAUCGACUACAUCGUGCACCCGCUGUGGGAGACGUGGGCGGACCUGGUGCACCCGGACGCCCAGGACAUACUCGACAUGCUGGAGGAGAACCGCGACUGGUACCAGAGCAUGAUCCCGCCGUCGCCGCCCGCGGGCGAGGAGCACGACGACGGCGGCGGCGGCGGGGGCGGCGGGGACCCGGGGGAGGACCCCUCGGGCCGCAUCAGGUUCCAGGUGACCCUGGAGGAGGGCGAGGGAGAAGACGAGGAGGACCUGGGCGCCACCUCGGCGGCGGGGAUGUGACGGAGGUUCCUGGGACUGUGUAGGAAACUGCACGAGAAGGUGCAACAGUGGUGGAGGUUCCGCCAGUGAGACAUCAAGCGAGGGAAGGGGGUUGUUCCCCCGGGUGGAGCGACGAGGCGGUCUCUUCUCUCCCAGGCCCGCGACUGGGUCUGGCCGCCGGCUGUCUUUAAUAUCCGUGUACGUCAGCAGCUAGAAGGUGGAAACUAAUUCUUUUAUACAAAAUUCAAAAAAAAAAGCUCUACUUUGAAUAAAAAAGCAUAAGCUAGAAGUAUGUGUUUUAUUUAAUGUUGGAGAAAGUAAGGGAAAAAAAUAGUCACUGCGACAAAUGUGUUACACACCAGUCAGUGUAAGCUAUUCAAUAAAAACACAAUGAGAGUAAGAAAAUUAUAUUUGGAAAUGUUUUUUUUUUCUGAAGCAAGAAUUUCAGGAAUUUUUUUAAUGUGAAUGAAAAUUGUAGUCCAGAUAUGUUUGUUCUUAUUUUCAAGUACCAUACAUAAGAAAGAUCUGAAAUGUUGUUAAUUUAUUAUAUAAGUUUAAGUGUAUGGAAUGAUGGUUUGAUUUACAGUAUUAAAGUUUAUGGUUUGGCUUUAUUCAAAAAUUUAUGACUUAUGAUUAAUUUUAUUACAUUCAAUGAAACACACACCAGAUUGCCAAAGAAAACAGACCAGCAAAAAUUUUAGUUCAUAAAUGCAAUAUAUUUUCAUACAAAAAAUUUAGAAUGUACCUACCUAUUUAAAGCUGUUUAUAAGCAUUGAUAUUGUUUUGCAAAAUUUUGUAGGGCUUUUAAAUUGUUGCAAUAAUUGUAAAAUGUGUAAUUUUACAGUGCCAGUAAUAGCUCGGACCUUAUGUAUGUUAAGUUAAUAUUGUCGCCUAUAAGAAAGUACCGAAUUUUCAAAUACUUUCAGAAAGUUGUGAAAAGUUUUCUUUUCUGUGUACACGUUUUCAAAGAUUAAGAAGGUCACCGAAAAUGUAACAAAAUUGGACUUAAAGCUACAAUGAGUGCAGAUAAAUGUAUGAAAGCAUUUGAUUUGUCAUUUGUUCUGGUAUAUGAUAUCAGCACUGUUUACAUACUUGGUGUGUUAUUGCAGUCUAUUUUUCAGACUUAUGACAAAAGUUUUCGUCCCUACAAGCUCAAACCAAAGAUAAUUGUUUCCGUAGUGAUGUUUCUUUAUUUACAUGCAGCAUAUACCACUCUUGUAAAUAACUUUCAUUUCACAAAUAAUUUGUAUUCAUUUACUUGAAGUUAGUGAUUUCAAUCAAUACAAAUAUGAGCUGAAUAUUAUUUGUGUGAUGGCGUUUCAAAAUGUUAUCACAAAUGAAAAUGUGAGAAGUACUGGCUUUGUAAAAGCUCAGGUAAAGAUGAGAAUAGAUUUUGUGUCAUUAAAAGCUUAUACGUGGUAAUACAAAUUGAUUUGGCAGUUUGGUAGAUAGGGAUGUUUUUUUAAAUGGUAGAUAUGUAGUUAAUUAAGAUAGCACUGUAACCUUUUUGUUAUUUGCUUUGGUGCAGGUCACCAACAAAUAAUGGAUUUAAGAAUGUCCGACUAACUUAGCCUAGUGAGAGCUAAAUGGAUUGAUGGAAAGAAGCGAAUGAACGAAUGGCUGUGUGUGGUGAAUGUGUAGACAUGGAUGUGUUUGCAUUCUUGCAUGUGCCCAUUUUGUGUGCACAUCAAGUGUCUUAAGGGCACUUUGUUUAAUGCCAUAUAUUUUCCCCACCUAUCCCAAAAAUAUGUUGUGAGUUAACUGGUGGAGUAUUAUCGAAAUGGUUUCGAUUUUAUUGCAGGUGAAUUCGCAAAAAAUGUUUAUAGAUGGCGGAAUGAUACAAGGACUCUUAGGAUGAGACAGGACGCUGGGCGUUACUGAAUUCUUAAGUAUUUAUUUUAAGAUGUAGGAGCUUGCAUAGUAAACUGUGUGUUGAACUGUGUGUUGAACUUUGGUAAAAGCAGGGUUUACGACAAACAAUAGCUCUUGGAAUAAAUUACCAGACUUUACAAUGUAAACAUGAAAAAUUCAAAUGGCAAAUGAUUUGUCACAAAACUUGAGACAUCCUGACGGCUUUGUGAAACUGCCUUCUCCUGCAGCAUUGUAGCGGUUUUUUUUAAAUUACUAUACAGGUAGCUAACGUUAAAAACCGUUUCAUUUGAAGUUUUGGAGAACAAGGAGUAUUAAAUUGAUCUGCACGCUUCCUAUGGAAGAUAGUUGAAUUUGAUAUGGAAACCACUCUACGAAGGGAUACAUAAAAGCACUUCUUUUCAAAGUGGUCAAGCCAAAAGGCAAAGUACAUAUAGUUACUGUCUAUUGGAUCUUGUCAAAGUAUGUUUCUGAAGUGUCUUGAGAGAUAGUGGUUUAAUAUUUAUGUCUGUGAACACCAAAAUUCUUAGCAUACAAGAUAUCAUAAAGCUGUCAGGCAAUCACGCAAACUUGUGUAAAGUGACAUUGAAACCAAAAUCACUAUUGUGUAGUGUGUGAUAUAUUUUAAUGUGUGUUGUGUGUUAAUAUGUGUAGUUGUAAUGUAUUUUUUCCUCUUAAGACUUUUGUUACUAUCAGACUAGAAAACUGUCUUACUGGUAACAUUAACAUCUAAUGCUUGCACCUGCUGUUCCCGAUAUCCUUUUGGCUGAGUGUUAUUUACCUAACUGGCUAAUUAAAAAUUAUAGUAGCAACAAAAUUUUAUAUCUUCAUGGGUAAAUUUUAACCUUCAGGUUUUUGAAUUUUUUUUCUUUUUUUUUUUGUUUUUCAGGAGAAUUGUGUGUUUGUGUGUGCUAACUUGCCAAUCAUAUGUUCGAUUUUCUCUGAGAAUGUUUUGCCAAUAACACUUUGUACCUAGCCGUGGUUUUGUUAAACAUAGUCAAGCCAUAGGUAGUGACUUCAUGUCACAUAGGAUUUCUUUGUUCUCGUAAUGGGUAUUUGGAGUUAAUGACGCAAGCACAAACUGAUGUAAGUACAGUAGUAAAUAAUUUAAUGGUAAACCUUGGAAAGCCUACAGAGCUUAAAUGUUUUGUUCAAUGGAUGAAUCUCCUAAAUAUGUUACUUUCUGUUAAACUUUGUAUGAAAAUGAAUAUGUUUUAAGCUAUCUUUUUAAUUUGACUAAUUAUUCUACAUAGUAGUUAACAUUGAAAUAUGCAUUGUUAUCUUAGACAAGACAGAAAAUAAGUGAAAAAAACUAUUGGUUAUAUUUUUUGGUAAUUUUCACAAAUAAAAUCUUUCAUUAUAAUAAACCAAUUUUAUGGUUUUUGAGAAAAUUUCAAUGUAGAAUAUUGUGUAAAUUUAUGUAGCAGGCAUCACCAAUUUUAUUGUUUCUAGAUAAGACAAUAUAAUAUACUCAAUGGUCCAAAUUGUGUACUAGAAACAUACUUGUUUUAUUAUUGCUUAUAAAUGCCACUAAUGUAUCAUUUGAAUGAUGUUACAUUUGCCAAUGUUGAAAAAUGAAUAUUGAUAAAAUAAUUUGCAAGUGUUCAUAACUAGAUAUGUUUUCUAUGUUAACAAUUAAUAUUUGGUAAAAGCUUGAAUAUUGUUUUUAGUUUGCUAAAAAAAUUUCAAGUUAAUAAACUAUUGUUAAUUACCACACAAAUAUGAGUCACUGUUGUUUGUACAAAAAUGUGAUAUAAUUAUGUACCACAUGAGAUUUCUUUUAAUAAUAAUUAUUUUGGUUUUAAAUGUAGUUUUAAUUAUUACUUAUGUAAUUUUUUAGUAGACUGUUGACCAUAAUUGCCUCAUUUUUUUACUAAAAUCUUUGGGGAAAAUUGAAAUUUUUUAAAAUGCUUUUGGGGGAAUAUAAGUUAUUUUAAAUUAAAGUUAUUAAUAUCUAUUUAACUGAUACAGAAAAUGUGUUAUGUUACAAAAUUAGGUGAGUUUUUUUGUGCUACUACAUUUUGUUUGACUAUUAAUGCCAUUGAAAUCUUGAAGAGUGUCACUACAUAAUCUUUUAUGCAGUCCGAAACAAGUCAAUAAAAUAUACCUUGAAGCUUUUA